UGCGAUUGGGGGGAAAGGUCUGUGUCGCCUGCGCGCGCGUUUGUGUUCACUCUUGGGCCACUACUUCUGGAUUCCGGGAGAUUUUAUCUGACUUCCGGGCAUCAGGGAGACACUAGACUUCCGGGAGACUUGUGUACUCUGGAAAAACUCUGGCUUUCCUUCCUGCGAGUGUGGACUGACAUGCUCUUAUAUGAUUCCUUCAUCACAUGGUUAGCAUUAUUAAAACUCAUUGCCAUAAUGCUCUGCAGAGCAUGUGAUCGUGCUGAGUAUGAAAUUAGUGGCGAGUGCUGCCCAUUGUGUUCUGCAGGACAACAUGUAUAUAAACACUGCUCAGGAGAUUCCAGCACAACGUGUGUGCAAUGCAGUCAGUCCACAUACAUUGAUUUUCCAAACGGUUUGAUAAGCUGCUUCUCCUGCACUUUGUGUGAUGAAGGUAUUGGAUUAAGAACAAAACAAGAAUGCCAAUCAUCUGCAGACACUCUGUGUGAACCUCUAUUGGGGUAUUAUUGUAUAGAAACACAUGGCAAGAACUGCAGAAAAGCAAGACAGCACUCCACCUGCCUUCCUGGACAAUAUAUCAACGAAACUGGUACAGCUUUUACAGAUACUGUUUGUAAAGACUGCUCGAAAGGUUCAUAUUCAGAUGGCUCUUUCACAGUCUGUAAACCACAUAGAAAGUGUGAAUCUGAGGGACGGAUAACAACCACACCAGGAACAAAGUCGUCCGAUUCUGAAUGUACAGAUAAACGUUCUCAUUUUCUCUCUUUAGUCGCCAUUUUUUUACCUGCGUUACUAAUGUUAGGGUUGGCAUUAUGGGUGUUGUAUUUAAGCAAAAAAAGAAUACACAGACAAGAAAAUGAAAUUGAUUUACCAUCAACCCCAGCACAGUGACACAGACCAUCAUUUAUGAUCUUUUUUUUUUCCAUAAUUUGUCUUUGAUGUUUGUUCGUUUCACUCAUUUGUAUUCUUCUCUGUCCUGUGUACCUUUUUAAUAAAAAUAUUUAUUUCUAAACUUUAA